UAAGACGAUUGAAUGAGACACUGAGACAGUAUAAGUGUUUUGAGGUUGUUGGUAGUGUGGUGGUUGUAUUAUGACAUAUUUUGCAAUAAACAUGACGUCUAGUUGUCGUGUUAUUUUGCGAUACACGUCGCUCUCACUUUUCCGAUAGUUAUCUUUGUAAAUAAUUAGUAAUAAUGAUGUCCGGCGAAGUUGACCCCACUUGUAAUCCCGUUCACUUUGUGACACAGGAUGCUUGCAAGCCAGGGCCUGCGUACAGAGGUGAGCAAAGCGAAGCUCAUACGAUUUUUCAAGAGCCUGUUACAGCUGUGACUGAGCAAGAUUGCAGUGGAUUUGAUAUAGUUAAAGCAACACAGUACGGGUCGUUGGCGCGCUGCCAUGAGCUUAUUGAAGCCGGCUAUGAUGUUAAUCAGCCUGACAGUGAAACUGUCACAUUACUCCACUGGGCGGCCAUCAACAACCGAAGAGAUAUCAUACGGUAUUACAUAAGCAAAGGGGCUGUUGUUGAUGCAAUUGGAGGUGAACUUGCUGCGACUCCUCUACACUGGGCCACAAGGCAGGGCCACCUCGGUACAGUGACAUUGCUUAUGCAGUACGGAGCAGACCCCUCAUUACGUGAUGGAGAAGGAUGUUCCUGUAUUCAUCUGGCAGCUCAGUUUGGUCACACAGCAAUUGUUGCAUAUUUUAUAGCAAAAGGUGUCAACAUGAAUAUGCAAGACCGUAACGGAAUGACUCCCCUUAUGUGGAGUGCAUACAAAGUUACAAGCUUAGAUCCAACUCGCCUGCUGUUGACCUUUGGAGCAUGUACAUCAAUUGUGGACAAGCUACAUGGUAAUACUGCACUCCAUUGGGCUAUUCUGGCCCAAAAUCAUACUGCAAUUAGUACACUUAUUUUGCAUGGUGCCAGUCUGGAUAUUACUAACAUGCAGGGAGAUUCUCCAUACACAAUGUUAGCAAUGUUUCAAAAUGCACCUUGGGUAGGGAAGAAAGUUAGAGAAAAAAUUCAAGAAGUAUCGGUGACAAACAGGAGAAAUCCUUGCUAUAGAUUUACCCGAGACAAGCGGCUUCGUUUCUGGUGCAUGGUCUCAACACCGUUUCUUGUUUUCUACCUGAUUGGCAUAAUCUUGCAGUCAGAUCAGAACUACCUAGUCAAACUUGGUCUUUUACUUGCUUGCUACAUCAUACUGCAUUUUGGUGGCCAAGUUAUUUUUGACGACCGCCUCAUGAACCUGCUACCAAUGUCCAUAUAUUUAGCAACAAAGUUUUGGAUGUACGUCACAUGGUUUGUGUGGAUUGCUCCUAUUGUGGAAGUCUGGAUAACAGUGUUGUUUGUUGGUUCCUCUCUCUUUCUAUGGUAUAAUUUUCUACGAGCUUGGAGAGGUGAUCCAGGAGUCCUUUCAAGCACUCAAGAAGAAAAAUAUAGAACCAUCAUUGAACUGGCAGAACGUGGGGGUUUUGACCCACAAGGUUUCUGUAGCUCGUGCCUUGUUAGAAGACCAGUCCGAUCCAAGCACUGUUCUGUUUGUAAUCGAUGUGUUGCUAAGUUCGACCAUCACUGCCCAUGGGUCGGAAAUUGUAUAGGUGCCAGAAAUCAUCGUUAUUUCAUGGGAUACUUAAUAAUGCUUCUCACAAUGUGUAUAUUUUUGCUGUAUGGUUGUGUACAGUUUUGGCACAUAAUGUGUCCUGUCACAAGUGACAGUAUCUGGGAAGCUGUUCUCAAUAUGGCAAAAUGUGAUGCAUGGGUUGCCUGGGUUGCUGGCAAUGCUCUUCUACAUGCAGCAUGGGUAGCAACACUCUUUGCUUGUCAGAUGUAUCAGAUAAUGUGUUUGGGAAUGACAACAAAUGAGCGUAUGAAUAGUGGUCGCUACAAACAUUUUCACACAACAGGACGAUUGGGUCAGGAAACGAGAAGUCCGUUUCAUAGAGGACUUUGUCAAAACCUCAUUGACUUUGCUGAAUUCCGUUGUUUUGGCUUAUUUAAGCCAGACAGUACUGAUUGGUUGACACGGUAUGAUAUUAAAGACUCUGUUGAGCAGAUGCCUCUACUUUCAGCCAAAGAAAACUAUCAGUAUGUAUAACAGUGCAGCUAGGUCAUUUAUUCCACUAUUGGUGGCAUAUUCUGUGAUUUUAUUGUAGUAAGUGUUACAGAAUAAUUAUUUUUAGUCUGUUCAGUCAUAUUUGUUCUGUACACUGUGCUUGACUGCCACAAUUUUCUAUGUACUUUAUCUGUGAUAUUCAGUGAAAUAUUUUUAGUAAUUUACUGUUAUCUGUAUGUUGUCAGGUAAAGGCUAUUCUCUUUAUACAAAUGUAAUAUUACAUGAAAUAGAUUCUGUCUUUUUUAGAAUGUACAUGUUUUUGCAGUGUAGAAAUGUGAUAAAAAUUGUUGGUGUAUACUUAACUUUGUUAAGUUGUAUAUUUGUUGUGAAUAGUGUGCAUUAUAACAAAUAAUCAACAUUUUUGUUAAGGCUGCAUAAUUUUAACAAGAAGAUAAAUAUACAGACGCACACACACAGAUCUGUAGUUGAUGAACAAGUAAGAGCUUCCAUAGUGUCAGACUGACUGAAUGUUGAGAGAAUAUUGGCAGCACCAUUAGCUGCAAAUUCACCUUGACCUCUGGUAGCAAGUGCAAUUUUUUGGUGCCUUUCGUCACUCUUAGUAGAAGAUAGUUUCAAAUCAGAUAAAGGCUUCUAGAAUGAAAAUAUUUAAACGUUUACAAUGGAAAUCAAAUGUAGAGCAAAAAGGAGAUGGUUUCACAUUUUAGACGUUUAAAAACAUCAGUAACAUAAAAUGAUUGGUGUUAAAAAUUGAGUUUAUGGUACAAAGCUGUUAGUAACAGAAUCAGUGGUUAAUGAAGUUAAAGGUAAAACAUAUAUAGUGCAGUGAGGGUAGGACGGGAUGUGGGAGAGAGGCAGGGUAAUGAAAAAUCAGAAAUAGUUUUCAACGUAUUCUGUGUGUGGUGUUUCUUUUUUUGUAUAAAAAUAAUCACAGUUUAUUUUACUCCAUAAGGCAUCAGUGUUUUACCAGUAUUAAAUAAGUAAACUAAGUAAUAAACAAACUUCUAGUCAUAUUGUAAGUUGUCUGUAUGUGCCUUUUAUGUAAAAAGUCAAAUAAGGACUCUUGUAGUCUUUUUUUAUUAGCUCACACAGUAUAACCAUCAUUCCAACUGUCAUUUAUGGUGAAUUCUAAUAAUAAUUUAUAUCCUAUAGGAUGCAUGGAGGUACUGUGUGACUAAAUAAUGUAAACUCACGAAUUGUCAUAGGUAUUAUAAACUUGUAUAUAGUCUAAUGCUCCAAAGGUUGAUUUUGCAACAGUAAAAUUCCUCUAGUAAAACAAGUUAGCAUAUAAUUUUACCUACAAUAUAUAGAACUUCUAUGUGGAAGACAAAAUCAGCUUAAGAAACACAGG